AUGGGCAAACGACGCGGCCCGGCUUUGUAUGAACUCGUGCGGGUACGUCAGCGCGGCGGUCCUUUCGCCGAAGGCCAGCCGUCCUACGCGCCGAAAGACGAGGGCGACGAAGAAUCGAGCGGCCUGCUCGCGAGCGGGCGGACGAUCCGGAUGCCGGUCGGCUACGUCUUCCUGGCGAUCGGCGUCGGCAUCGCGCUGCUCUUCGGGGGGUACUUCAUCGGGUACUUCACCCGCGACCGGGAGAUCCGGGCGGACAAGACCACCGAGGCGCGGAACGAUCUGGCGGGGAUCCAGGACCCGACGCUGGACAACGUCCCGGUCCGCGAGGGGCUGAUCGAGGACGAUGAUGCGGCCCCCGGCGGCGGUGAGGGCACCCAACCGGUGCGGUCCGGGCCGCUCCCGAACCCAUAUCUGGUGGAUGACUGGGCCGAUGACCCCCGCCGGGAGGGCAUGAACUACUACAUCGUGGCCACCCAGGCCCUCGAGGAGGCGAACCGGGUCGCGGAAUUCCUCGCCGAUGCCGGGCUUGAAGUGGCGCGGCUUCCUGUAGAUAAUCGUGGGCUCGCGAUUGUGAUCGUUCGUGAGCCGUUCGCGCCGGGGGAGGUCUCCUCGUCCCGGAGCCAGUCGCUCGAGGCGCAGAUCAAGCGGCUCGGGCGGGAGUUCAAGCGCGAUCACGGCGGCGCGAGAGAUUUUCGCGACGCGUAUCUCAGCAAGGAUCCGGGCGCACAGACUCGGAUUCAUCACGCUGCCACCCGCAGCACGCACAAGGCGGACAACGACAUGAGCCUCGACUCUAGCCUCAAGACCCAGGGCAACCUCACCCAGCACCGCAACGUGCUCAAGCGCCACGAGCGCAUCGAGCGACUCAAGGAGCAGGGCAAGUUCAACCCCGAGAAGAACGCCGCCGUGGGGCUGCCGAAGGUCGGCAACCGCAAGGCCGCCAUCGGCAAGAAGACCACCAAGAAGCAGGACGAAGAGAAGUAA